CAUUGUGUUGGACCAUUGUGCCUUGGGGGACCAUUAUCAAAUGCGUUUGGAUACUUUCUUCUAAAAGAUGUCUGUAACCAAAAGAUCCUGCCGUUGAUGUUGCGCACUAGGAGGCGCUAAGUCUCAGUGACCUGGGCAGUGAUGCAUGGAGGGCUGUGAAUGAAACAGUGCACACAGAGUUGCAGUGUGUUCACUGUGUUAGCUUCUCCAGUCAAUUGCGAACAGCGAUAGUGGAGGAGGCAGCGCCUCUCUCGUAAUCUCUCAUUCUAUUUUUUCUUUUUAGUCAACGCUUUCUGUUCAGAUUCAGAACCUUCAAAGCAGUACUGAUUACUUGAAGGAUGAAACGAUAGUGUACGCUGCUAGCUCAUUCAGUCACUGUAGGUCUUUGACCAGAGCAUGAUUGGAGCUUUUAAAAAGAAACCUUUACAUACCGGUAUAUACAUAUAUCUAUAUAUCUAUUUUUUUUUUUUUUUUUAGUUAUCCACUCAGUGGGAAGUGUGAAUGUGUAAAUGGCUGGGGCACAGCCUGGGGUUCAUGCGCUACAGCUCAAACCUGUCUGCGUCUCUGAAAGCCUGAAGAAAGGCAACACAUUUCUGAAAUGGGAUGAUGACUCCACCGUCGCAACUCCAGUUAUUCUUAAAGUGGACCCACAGGGAUUCUUCCUCUACUGGACAGAUCAGAACAAGGAAACCGACCUUUUGGAUAUCGUCAAUAUCAAGGAUGCAAGAAAUGGGAAAUCUGUGAAAACGCCAAAGGAUGCAAAGCUCCGAGAGUUGCUGGAAGGGAACCUGGGGGGGCGGCUGGAAAACAAAAUGCUCACUGUGGUCUACGGCCCUGACUUGGUUAAUAUCACCUACCUAAACUUUGUAGCAUUUCAAGAGGACAUUGCAAAGGAGUGGGCAGAUGAGCUAUUCACUCUGGCAACAAACCUGUUGGCACAGAAUAUGUUCAGGGAAGCCUCUCUAGAAAAAGCAUACACGAAACUUAAAUUGCAGCUAAAUCCAGAAGGACGAAUUCCAUUAAAAAACAUCUUUCGGAUGUUUUCAGCAGACAGAAAGCGAGUGGAAACAGCGUUAGAGUCCUGUGGCCUUCCUUCUGGCAGGAAUGAUUCCGUUCCUCAAGAAGACUUCACCCCUGAAGUAUAUCGAGUAUUUCUAAACAAUAUAUGCCCUCGGACAGAAAUUGACAAAAUAUUUUCUGAAAUUGGAGCCAAGAGCAAGCCUUACCUUUCAAUUGAUCAGAUGACAGAAUUCAUAAACACAAAACAGCGGGACCCACGACUGAAUGAAAUACUCUACCCACCCCUCAAGCAGGAACAAGUUCAUCAGCUCAUAGAGAAAUAUGAACCAAAUAUCAACUUGGCAAAAAAAGGGCAGAUAUCAGAAGAAGGAUUCAUGCGGUAUUUGAAUGGAGAAGAAAAUGGAGUUAUCCCUCCUGAGAAACUAGACCAGAGUGAGGACAUGACGCUGCCUUUAUCACACUACUUUAUCAACUCCUCACACAACACCUACCUCUCAGCUGGGCAGCUGGCUGGUAACUCCUCAGUGGAGAUGUAUCGACAAGUGCUUUUGUCAGGCUGUCGCUGUGUGGAGCUGGACUGCUGGAAAGGACGGACUGCGGAAGAGGAGCCAAUAAUUACUCAUGGAUUCACCAUGACAACCGACAUAUCUUUUAAGGAAGUAAUUGAGGCUAUUUCUGAGUGUGCGUUCAAGACUUCUCCAUAUCCAGUUAUCCUGUCUUUUGAAAACCAUGUGGAUUCACCCAAGCAACAAGCCAAGAUGGCAGAGUACUGCAGAGGAAUAUUUGGGGAUGCAUUGCUUACAGAUCCAUUAGAAAAAUUUCCUCUUGAAGCCGGCAUUCCCUUACCAAGCCCCCAUGAACUGAUUGGUAAAAUUCUUAUCAAAAACAAAAAAAAAUCACAUAAGUCCUCUGAUGGGAGUACUAAAAAGAAACUCUCAGAACAAGCCUCAAACACUUGCAGUGACACAUCGAGUGUAUGCGAGCCAUCAUCUCCGAGUGCAGGUUCAACUAACCCUGAAACUCCUGAUCUACAGCAGUCGGUACAAGACGGAAAUGAUCCCAAACUUCAGGGGAGGAAAUCUAUAGGGGAGCUAGAAGCAGAAAGUGAAGAGGAUGAUGAUGACGAUGAUGACUGUAAGAAAUCCUCCAUGGAUGAAGGGACAGCUGGGAGUGAAGCCUUUGCCACUGAAGAAAUGUCAAAUCUUGUUAACUACAUUCAGCCAGUAAAGUUUGAGUGCUUUGAGACAGCCAAAAAAGUUAACAGAAGUUUUGAAAUGUCAUCAUUUGUGGAAACAAAAGGUCUAGAACAACUUACAAAAUCACCUGUGGAAUUUGUGGAGUAUAAUAAAUUACAGCUGAGCCGCAUCUAUCCCAAGGGAACCAGAGUUGAUUCCUCAAACUACAUGCCUCAAGUUUUCUGGAAUGCUGGUUGUCAGUUGGUAGCUCUUAACUUCCAGACAUUAGACCUGUCUAUGCAGUUAAAUUUGGGAAUGUAUGAAUACAAUGGGAAGUGUGGAUAUCGACUGAAACCAGAGUUUAUGAGACGCCCAGAUAAGCACUUUGACCCCUUCACAGAGUCAACUGUGGAUGGAAUAGUAGCUAAUACUCUUUCAGUUAAGAUCAUUUCUGGACAGUUUUUAUCAGAUAAAAAAGUUGGCACUUACGUUGAAAUAGAUAUGUAUGGGUUACCUGUCGAUACCAGACGGAAAGCUUUUAAAACAAAGACUUCCCAAGGAAAUGCAGUUAACCCAGUCUGGGAAGAAGAACCCAUAGUUUUUAAGAAGGUUGUUUUGCCUUCCUUGGCAUCCCUAAGGAUAGCAGUGUUUGAAGAAGGUGGUAAAUUUAUAGGCCAUCGGAUAAUACCAGUUUCAGCUAUUCGACCAGGUUACCACUACAUCAGCCUUAGAAAUGAAAAGAAUCAGCCUCUGGUGCUGCCAACUGUUUUUGUGUAUAUACAAGUUAAAGAUUAUGUUCCAGACACCUUUGCAGAUGUGAUUGAGGCGUUGUCUAACCCCAUAAGAUAUGUAAAUCUAAUGGAACAAAGAGCCAGACAGCUGGCUGCAUUGACACUGGAGGAUGAAGAAGAAGUAAAGAAAGAGAUCGAACCUGGAGAUAUGCCUUCGGAGUCCAAUAGUGAUCCCAAGCCAGCACCAGCAGAAAAUGGUGUACAUCACGCACCCUGUAUAGCACCUAACCCUCCCUCUCAGAUCGUCCACCCCCCGCCACCCACCGGCUCAGUAAAAUCUGCAGUUAAAACAGAAGAUGUCAUACAGAGUGUCUUAUCUGAGGCAGAAGCACAGACUAUUGAAGAGUUGAAGCAACAAAAGGCAUUUGUAAGAGAGCAGAGAAAACACUACAAAGAAAUGAAGGAGUUGGUAAAGAAACACCACAAGAAAACAACAGAUUUGAUUAAGGAGCACACUGCCAAAUACAAUGAGUAUCAGAGCGAGUAUUUACGGAGAAGGGCUCUGCUGCAAAAAUCUGCAAAAAGAGAUGGUAAGAAAAGGUGUAUGACAUCCAGUCCUGAACACAAUUCUACAUCUAUUGAACAAGAACUGUCUGCCCUGGAUCUAGAGAUUACCCAGAAAUUAUCAGAGCUCAAAGAACAGCAACAACAGCAGCUGCUGAACCUCAGACAAGAACAGUAUUAUAGUGAGAAAUACCAGAAAAGAGAACACGUUAAACAGCUUGUUGAGAAACUGACCACAGUGGCAGAGGAAUGUCAAAACAACCAGUUAAAGAAAAUAAAAGAACUUUGUGAAAAAGAAAAGAAAGACUUAAAGAAGAAAAUGGACAAGAAGAGGCAAGAGAAGAUCAAUGAAGCCAAAUCUAAAGAUAAGAAUCUAACAGAAGAAGAAAAGCUAGAAAUCAACAGAUCCUACGUAAAUGAAGUGGUCCAAUAUAUUAAACGGUUAGAGGAAGCUCAGAGCAAAAGGCAAGAAAAACUCCUUGAAAAACACAAGGAUGUUCGUCAGCAAAUCCUGGAUGAAAAAUCUAAGCUGCAGAAUGAGCUUGAUCAGGAGUACCAAGAUAAAUUCAAAAGACUUCCCGCGGAAAUCCAGGAGUUUGUACAAGAAGCCAUGAAAGGGAAAUUCACUGAAGAAGGAGACCACAGCACUGCAUCUUCCUCCUUGGUGUCAGAAAGUGGAAAAACUAACCACAAGCCUCUACAUCCCGAGGAUGAUUUAGAGGAUGAAAAUCCAGAUAAAGUGUUUGAUACUCCACUUUAGGCAGCUCUGCUGUGUUUUAGCUAUAUUUCUUUGUGCCAGGGUCAGCCACUCACACACCCUGCCCAUACAGAGCAAGGGCUUGUAUCUGUCAACUUCUAAAUGCAGGAAACUACAUUUCUUGAAUCGUUUCUUGGAAAGGAAGCUUUUCUUUCGUGCUGUGGUCUGUUGUGAUUGUAAUGUAUUUUUAUUAUGGGUCACAGUGCCAGUGUUUUGGACCUAAACACAUGCUAACAGUUAUAAUUACAUACGUAAUCAUUAUAAAACACCUGGAAUGUUUAAUGGUGUUCUAAGGGUGAAUCAAGGUUUAUUGUAUGUGAUCAUUUUCUUAAAGUGCCAGGCAAAACUAAACUUUCAGACCAUACAUUGCAUAUACAAGCAUGACUAUCAAGCCUUUCUUUAGUUAUAUUUAACACAGUUUACCAGAAGCAUCUUCACUGUACAUUUGCACUGAACAAAUGGAGAUUAUUUGCUUUUGUCUGCAAGCACAGGCGACUUGCUGUUAUGAUUGUGUUCUCAGUACAUACAGGUAGGGAUAUCUGCUGAAAUGUGUCUUGUUAUUUGCUUUAUACAAUAUUUAAGAGACUUGCAGACAUGUUUUAUUUCAUUAUUCUUUAGCAAAACCAUUCUUUAGGAAAAUGUAUUUUGCAUAGUCAUGCCAUUAAUCUGUUUAAUUGUGGACAGUUUGGUUCAGUUAAUGAAAAAAAUGUUACAGAGAUGCAUUAUAAUGUGGUAUACUAUGUGUUACUGUACACUUGUAAAGGUUUUAUAUAUAGUGGAUACUGUGAUGUUACAUUAAUAUAGAUGUAAAUGUAUUUCAGUUUGUUACAUAAAAAAAUACCUUCAUAAAUACUUGAUUUUGAAACAGAAAUCACAUGUUGUACAGCUACUUCCAUUUUUCUUGCACAAUUUCAUCGCUUUGCAUUGAUAACAAACAUUUCAGUGGUCCUGAAACAGGAAUGAAGAUGGUUUAACAGAUUCCAGUGCUCUGUCAAAACAUAAAUAUUCUAGUUUCACCUUGGUUAAGUGUACAAAACUGAAUGUAUCCCCAACCCCCACAGCUGAAUAAAAUACAAGUGGAUGUUUCAUAUUAAUAUCAUUAAUGUUAAAGUGUGGCCAUUUUUUUUCUGAAGACAAAAGCAUUCUGAAGCUUGAUUUUUAAAACACUGUUCUGUCUAGAAUAUCCUGAUUAAGAUACAGUGAAUACAUUAGUUUUAAUGGAUUACAGUGAAUGUUGUUGCUUUGUGUAUUUUUUAAAUUUUAAUUCCUCUGAAAAUAGGUUUAAUUUGCACUGGUUAAAAAAAUCAAUAUGUAAUGCUGCGUCUUGUAAACAGAUAUCUUAAAAUAAUAUUAUUUUGAAUGUUCUGAUUACAGCUUUGCAGAUGUGGUCAAUGGGUAAUUUACUACAGAAAUCACAAUUAAUUUUUUUGCAGCUUUAGUAAAUCCAGCUAUUUUACUAUUUAUGUUUGCUGUAUUCCUUUUUUUUUUUUUUUUUAACAAAUUACAGUGCCAUGUUCUGCCAUUAUUAAUAAAACUAGUUCUUAGUGUUUUAUUGCAUUUUGAGGUGUUUGUACCACUGCAGUUAAGAAAAUAUAUUUUAUUAUUUUAAUAUUACUUGAAUUAGAUUUAAAGAGUUUAUUUAAUUAAACAAUAAGGGUCUUUAUGGUGUGGAAGUCUUGUGCCUUUUAUGUGUUUGCCUUGUUAGGUGUUGAAUGUAUGAAAUGCAGUACUGUGUACAUCUCUAUUGUAUUAUAAUAAGCUUUCUGUAUUUACUGUAACUAGAUUGUAUGUGCACUUUUAAUACCUUCCCACUACUGAGAGAAGCUUGAGGGCAGCAGUAUUCUCAAAAGAUUUAUCUCAUGAAAUGCCGGACAUUUUUUAUCAAUAUAUUUCACACGUUCCAUUGACUAUAAUAAAUGUAUUAUGAAAUUAAAGGGACCUUGCUUGUGUUUCUUUGAAAUGAAUAUUAUUCUUGUAAAUUGUAUGGAGAUGUCUGUGAGUGUUGUCUUACUUUGUGAUAUGCCUUUCAAG